AUGCCACGUGCUCGACGUGUUAGCUUAGUUCCAACCACUCCAGGUGGUAUUCAUCUUAGAACAGCUGAUCUUUCUGCCGAUGAAAUAGUUAUCGAUGACGAAGUCGUAAUCAAAUCUUCCUUUUUUCGUGGAGAAUCAACUGAAGUGUCAGGAACAAAAAAAUCGCCCAAACGAACUCCGAAAUACGUCGUUCGAAAGUCCUCGGAUUUGAAGAAAAUUAAAAACAUUGAUGAUCGAAUUGAAGCCAUUUUGGCUAGUCCAAUGAUUGAAAACCGUAGGAAGUCCCUUGGACAUUCUAAGUCUCUCGAUACUACUGAAGACGAACGCACUCCACUUCGAGUGCCAUCAUCACACGACUUACAGGCAGUCAGUAGUCGACGUUUGUCUGCUAUUGUUAUGUCAAAAUUUGCAUCGUAUUUGCAUUCAGCUUCAUUCACGGAGGGUGAAAAUAGGUACCUGUGUCCGACAAAGUUGAAUCGUCGCAAAACUACCGGAAAUUUUGCUACACCUCGCACAUCCGCAUUGAGUUUUGGAACACCCCUGCGUAAGAAUACGCCAGUCACACCUGACUCUAAAGACCUGAGCCGGAAAUUUGCAGAUUUAGACGCCGUUGAAGAUACCGAAAACCAGCCGCCACCACCAAAAGAAACGCCUACUCAGGAACCAAUUUCAUCGUCUUCACAGCCGCAAAUGACCAAUGAAAAUCUUUCAACGACAACAGUGGAGAAUGAGCCAAGAUCUGUCGGUGAAUUCCGUGUUCUAGUCAAUAUGGAGAUUUCUCGACUAUCGUCACUGAAAGCUGCUUGGGAGGAUGUUAUGGAGGAAGAAGGAUCAAAUAUUCCUGAAACAGCCAUCACGCAUAUCCGAGCUGCAGUCGGAAAAUGUGGAUUAUUGAUCAAGAAUAGGCUACAAAACUUCUUCGGUCUCAUCGAUUACACAGAAGAAUCUCUUCGCAAACAGGAACAAGGAGAUAUUAACGAGUUGACAUCCCAUCAGCGUUCUAACAUCAACGACCUUUUGGGAAUGUGGACUAACAUUGCUCGCCAAAUUAGCGACAUUGACAAGUCAUUCGAUCGUUUGCGCAGAUGGCGCGAUGUAAGCAAGUGGGCUUACACUUCUCCACCAGCUACUCCCGCUCCACCUAAUCAGCAACAACAGAAGCAAGGGUCUAAGUCUCGUCUCCCUAGACCAGCUUGGAAGCCUAAGGGAACUCUCAAGCGUCUGGUUCCAACCGCUUCUAAUACUGCUGGAGCAAGACUCCGUUCUCCUAAAAUUGCCAAGCGGUCAAACUUGGCCCAUAUCAAGGCUCAGAUGCUGGCUAAGAAGAGGGCUUUGGAAGGAGGUGAAAGUACAGAGAUCGUCAUAUUUGGUGGCGAUAAGAAAGAAGGGUUGUGUACUCCUGUUUCUCGAGGUAGACAAUCUACACUUGUCAGUUUGGAAAAGAGCGUUCCUGGAUCGGAAGGCAUCCAGUUAAUAGAGACUUUACAGCCUGAAAAAAAUGUUAAUUUAUCGCCCCCUAUUCAUGAGAGCUCGCGCCGCCAAAUUGAUAUUAAUUCAGAGGGACAUGCACCUAAAGCGAAUGAGAGACUUACCGUUCAUGAAGUUUCCAUUGGCGGGGAAUGUGAUAUGAUUGAAGAAAGUUUUGAAAUACAACCUCGCAGAUCGCGGGGAAGACCACGUAAGUCAACAAAUUUGGGGAUUUCUACAAUUGACUCUGAACUACCAAACGAAGAUGGUAAUUUGCCGUCUCCUAAAAGUGUAUCAACAAGGGCAAAUAAGUCCGUUAGGACCUCGAAGCGCUCCGUGAUGCUUGGAGAAGAUGGUUCUGAUUUAUUCACAAAUAGUAGAGAUGUUCCACCUCUUUUUGUCGAACACGACUCAGCAUCAGAAAAAACGUUUGACUCCCCAAAACCACAUGGAAGAUCAAGGGUUGAAGAACGUGUUAGUUUUCAGUCACCGGAGCGUGAGAGUCUCGGGAAGUCUGUUGUUACCUCGAAAUCUUCCAUGGCCCAAAAUCAGUUUAAGCAAAUAGGCGGAUUGCAGAGUCCAGAACGUGAAACACAGAAUAUUCAGAAUGGUGUUCCUGAAGAAAGUACUGGAAAUUUGCUAUCACCAAAAUCACGUGGAAGACCGCGAAAAUCAUCAGCUGUAUCGGUACACGAAACCGCUGAAGUAGAUAAAAAUUUACAAUCACCAACUCUUUAUGACGGGUCUCUCAACAUGACACAAGGUGAAAAUGUUGAAAUUCAGUCACCUAAACGCGGUAGACCAACUAAGUCUACAGUUAGGGAAUCUAUUCGCAAGGUUAAUUCACAAUUGCUACAUGAAAAUAGCGAACUGGAGACACCUAAACGUGGAAGGCCACGAAAAUCAGCAGUACCUCAGUCGGUAGAAAUAAAUGAGCAUAUACAAUCUGCAGGACGACCAAGCAAGUCUUUGACUGUAAAAGUUAGUGAUCUUGAUGCUGGCGGAGCCCCCCUUGAGCAAUCAUCUGUUACUAAGGACAUAUUUUCUCAUCAAAAUUCAGCUUCUAAGGUUUCUGAAUUAGCUGAUGAGUAUCAGCAGCUUAAGUCGCCUAAACGUAGUCGAUCGAAAAAAUCGACUUCGGGAAGUCUUGCUGUUCCUGAGACUCCACUUCAAGUGAUUGAUGUUGCUAUCGACGAGAAUGCCGUGAUCAAGCGUCGUGGACGACCCUCAAGACAAUCUUCACUUUUUGUGCCCGAUUCUCAAUUUCCAAUAGACGAAGAUUUCACGACUUUGCAAUCUGCAAAACGAAGUGGACGGGCAAAUCAAUCAGUGGUUAUCAACGACUCCCUUGAUAAGAAUGGCAUUGGGAAAACUCCCAAGAGGGGAAGACCAAGAAAGUCGGAUGUUUUUGAUGACUCAAUUUUGGCUGUCAACCGAACACCCAAUCACAGAAGACUACGAAAUUCUACGGUAGAUGCGUUGGAAGUUAGUAGCACUUUUGUCACAUCAGCUAAACAUCGUGGAGGGCCUAGAAAAUCGGCUGUUGAUGAUUCCUUGGCAGUGAAUCGAAAUUCUGUUAAACAGACUCCUAAGCGAGGAAGACCUAGUAAGUCCUUGACAAUGGAGUCUACAUUUCUAACUCCGAAAGAAGUUGUGGAGACGGCUUUUCCUGUGUCAUCUGCCAAACCUGGAAGGCCGAGAAGAUCAACAGCUGUGGCUCAGGGUACGCCUUUGACAUCGAUCGAAUCUACUUCACUUAAACGUGGUAGACCAUUCACAAUUGGUGAAGCCAUCAUUUCUCCAAGUCCAGUGGGUGGAGAUUUCCUCAUUCCUGAUUCGUUGCCACGGAAACGCCCUCGAAUGUGUAAUUCCUCAAUCUUGUCAACGUCACAUACGUCGACUGUUGCGAACACGACGAAUCCAUUUUCACCGCCACCUCGACCUAUCACUGGAACACCACGACCUCACAUGUCCAAGUUAAUGCGAACUAGAGUGGACUCCUCUCUCUCCCAAUCUGUUCUUAGAAAGCAGCUGAUGUUAGCUACAACUUGUGGUGGAAAUAACAGUGGAAGAAGCAGUGUGGCAGCUACAGUAGAGCUAUCUCAACCAAACUCUGCCAAGCGCCCCAUUGGCAGACCGAGAAAGUCUGUUCGUUUCUUAAAUUCUCCUGAUUCUCAGUCUUCCACCAAGCCAUCUUUACCAGUUACUCCUUAUGCUAGAUCAUCUGCUGAUCCAAACCAUCGUGUUUCUCAGCGUGGUCGCCGUUCCAGAAAUACACCCUAA